AAACAAACAGCAAAAUUUCAUCAAUUUUUUUUGAUCAUCUAAUUGUAAAUAAUUAAAAACGCAACAAAUUAAUUAAUAGGAAGAGGAAACACAUCAUGAUGACACACCAAUAUCCAAACCGAAUUCACGGAGUAACUCCAUGUUGUUGGGAAAAUCGUAUAUUUGUCUCAUUUGCAGAGCAGAAAUUUCGCCCAUUUGCUCCGAAGGAAAUUAAUGAUCCUUUCGAGCACAUGAUUUGCUCAGGCUAUUUGUGUCUAGUUUCGACGGUGAAGGGAAAAGUUUAUUGUAUUGAUGAUAGGAAGAAGGAAAAUACAUUUGUAGAGUUGGAGAGUUGUGAAGAAUUUAAACAAGAUCGCUCGAGGAUAAAGUUUUUGAUAGCUGGAUUUUAUCAUAUAAUGGUUGUGAAGGAGAGUAAUAAUGUUUAUGCAUUUUCAGAUGAGGUCAGUUCUGAUAGUGGUGAGAUUGGAAUUUUGAUAGGUGAUUCUAACUCUGCAAAGAAGAGACUAUCUCAGGUUAAAACUCACCAUUUCAUAGGAGAGAAAUCUGAAAUUACUCAUGCUGUUUGUGGAACUAAUUGCACAAUUCUUGUACUCAACAAUAGAGAAAUAUAUUUGACAGGGAGAAUGAGAGAAUCCAGAAUUGAUUUUCAAAAGAUUUCAAUUGAAUCAGACCCAAUGAUAUCAUCACUUUCAGUUGGAUACGACCACUUGAUUGUCAAGACUGUGGAUGGAACGUACUAUAUUUUUGGAGAGAAUGAAUAUGGACAAUUAUUCUCACACGUUAGCAAGUUCAAGUUUGAGAAACUGGAUUUAAAAGACGAGCAAAUAUUAAAUCUCAAAGCUCUACGAUUGAGUCACUUAACAUGUAAGGUGACUCCAAAUCGAUUGGAUGUUUAUGGAUAUAUUGGAAAUACACCCUUAGGAGAUUACGUAAAAGAAAAAGAAUAUCAUUCUUCACAAACAGUAAAUGGAUGGGACAUUGAGCCAUAUGGAGGAUUUACAACUGUUGUAAUUUGUAAUAAUAGAAAGAAGCAACUGAUGGCAGUUGGAUCUACGAGUAAUGCUCCUUCAGUACCUUACAAUAUAUUAGAAAAAAUCAAGACUGACCAUUCUGAUCUAUCUCAGUACAUUGACAGUCAUGAUGUUCUGGAUGUGCAUUGUGGAAGUAAUAUCAUUGGAGUAUUGAUGGGAUCUCCUCGACAACAGAUACUCUUAUUGAUUAAUUUACACAAAAUGUACUUGUAUUCUGUAAUGGAAUCUCAACAUUCAUCAGGGGUUGUUCCAUGCUCUGACAUUUUAAUUAAAAAUUGGGAAUAACUGUUU